UUAAAUUGUUGUUCUUACUUCUUUAUACGUAUAAAUCGACAAAUGAAUUGUAUAAUUUUCAAAUGAAAAUAUUCUAAGAUUUUUUAGCGAUUUCGAACAAAGUACGUUAAUUUUUUAUUGCCUUUUGGAACGGUGUACAAAAUACGAUAGCGACUUCAACCGCUUGGAAGUGGAUAGUUUACCAUACAUCAGUUUACUGUAUAGGUUUCAGACGAAGUCUCGAAUUAAAAUAAUAUUUUUUUCUGUAAUAUCGGUAGUUUAAUAACUAUUUCAGUAAGAAAAGUAACGAGGAAGAUAGUGUAUAUGCGUGUGAUAAUUAUUUAAGUUACUUAUCGUAUUAAGUGCAAUGCGUUAGCUAACAACCUUAAAUACUGGUAGAAACCUGUAGGUGUACAAAUUUCAGUUGCCGACACAACGCUGUAUUUUUAUUGCAGUUGUAUUAAAGUUACAUAAAGAAACAGUGCAAUACAAUGAGUAUAGCAGUAGAAAAUGGCAGAGGGGACAAUGCACACAAGAAAAAAACCAUUGAGCGCAUAUACCAAAAGAAGUCUCAAUUGGAACAUAUUUUAUUACGACCUGAUACAUAUAUUGGUUCUGUAGAACCGGUAUGCGAAUUAAUGUGGAUUUAUGAUAAAGAAAAAGAAUGUAUGAUACAAAGGGAGAUAAAAUAUGUUCCUGGAUUGUAUAAAAUAUUUGAUGAAAUUUUAGUCAAUGCAGCAGAUAAUAAACAAAGAGAUCCUAAAAUGGAUACCAUUAAAAUUGAAAUUGAUUCAACAAAUAAUAUUAUAUCUGUAUGGAAUAAUGGUAAAGGCAUUCCAGUAGUAAUUCAUAAAGAAGAAAAUAUGUAUGUUCCCACAAUGAUAUUUGGACAUUUAUUAACAUCAUCUAAUUAUGAUGACGAAGAAGAAAAAGUAACUGGUGGUAGAAAUGGCUAUGGUGCCAAAUUGUGUAAUAUUUUUAGUCAUCGUUUUACUAUAGAGACAGCAUCCAAGGAAUAUAAGAAAUGCUUAAAGCAGACAUGGAAUAAUAACAUGGGAAGUGCAAGUGAACCACGAAUAAAAGAUUUCUCUGGUGAAGACUUUACAAAAGUCAUAUUUUCGCCAGAUUUAUCAAAAUUCAAAAUGGAUUGUUUAGAUGAUGAUAUAAUUGCCCUGAUGUCUCGAAGAGCCUAUGAUGUAGCAGCUUCUAGCAGAGGCGUUAAAGUUUACCUUAAUGGUAUUAGAAUUCCAGUGAAAAAUUUCAAAGAUUACGUUGACUUCUACAUUAAGGGUAAAGAGGAUGAUAUUGGCAAUCCUUUGAAAAUUGCAUACGAAAGUUGUGGACCGCGCUGGGAAGUAGCUGUGACUAUAUCGGAUAAAGGGUUUCAACAAAUGUCUUUCGUAAAUAGUAUUGCAACAACAAAGGGUGGUCGGCACGUAGAUCAUGUCACGGAAAUAAUAGUGAAGCAAUUGACAGAAACUUUAAAAAAGAAAAAUAAAGGCGGACUAACAAUUAAGCCAUUUCAAAUAAAAAAUCAUUUAUGGAUUUUUAUUAAUUGUCUCGUUAAUAAUCCUACGUUUGAUUCGCAAACUAAGGAAAACAUGACACUGCAAGCUAAAAGUUUUGGAUCCAAGUGCACACUCAGUGAUAAAUUUAUUACUUCUAUAACGAAAACUGGCAUUGUAGAAGCAAUUUUAACAUGGGCUAAAUUUAAAGCAGAUAGUCAAUUGCAGAAAUUAGGACCUAAAUCGAAGCAAAGAAAAUUACAAGGGAUACCAAAAUUAGAAGAUGCUAAUGACGCUGGAACUGCUAAAUCAUUAGAUUGUACACUUAUAUUAACCGAAGGAGAUUCGGCCAAAACUAUGGCUGUAUCUGGGCUCGCAGCUAUAGGUAGAGAUAAAUAUGGUAUAUUUCCUCUAAGAGGUAAAAUCUUAAACGUAAGGGAAGCAACGCAUAAACAAAUAUUAGAAAAUGCAGAGAUUAAUAAUUUAAUAAAAAUUCUUGGUCUUCAAUAUAAAAAGAAAUAUGAAACACGUGACGAUUUAAAAACACUGCGGUAUGGAAAAUUGAUGAUAAUGACUGAUCAGGACCAGGACGGUUCUCAUAUCAAAGGACUGUUGAUUAAUUUUAUUCAUCAUAAUUGGCCAUCGCUACUGAAAUUAAAUUUUGUAGAGGAAUUUAUUACACCUAUUGUUAAGGCAUCAAAGGGAAAUCAAGUGUUGAGUUUUUUCUCUUUACCAGAAUUUACCAAGUGGAAAUCUGAAACCGAUAAUUAUCAUACUUAUAAGAUCAAAUACUACAAAGGUUUGGGUACCUCUACAGCUAAAGAGGCGAAAGAAUAUUUUGAGAAUAUGACUAGACACAGAAUUAGAUUCAGGUACGAUGGCGAUCACGACGAUCAAAAUAUAAUAAUGGCCUUUAGCAAGAAAUGCGUUGAUCAGCGUAAAGAUUGGUUAAUGAAUCACAUGGAUGAAACAAAGAGAAGAAAAGAGAUUGGCCUUGGGGAGCGUUACUUGUAUGAAAAAGAUACACGUACAGUGACGUUCUCUGAUUUCAUUAAUGUUGAAUUAGUUUUAUAUAGUAAUUAUGAUAAUGUUCGGUCCAUACCCAAUAUGAUUGAUGGUUUUAAACCCGGGCAAAGAAAAGUAAUUUAUACAUGUUUAAAACGUAACGACAAACGUGAAGUUAAAGUCGCCCAGCUAGCUGGUUCUGUUGCUGAACAUUCUGCGUACCAUCAUGGCGAAACUUCUCUUAUGUCAACUAUCAUAAAUCUUGCGCAGAAUUUUGUAGGAAGCAACAAUAUUAAUUUACUUCAACCGAUUGGUCAGUUUGGUACCAGGCUUGCAGGAGGAAAAGACGCGGCAAGUCCUCGAUACAUCUUCACAAUGCUUAGUCCAUUAGCUAGACUCAUAUUCCAUAAACACGACGAUGCUUUAUUAAAGCAUGAGUAUGAUGAUAAUCAAAAAAUUGAACCUGUCUACUAUAUACCAACAAUACCAAUGGUAUUGGUGAACGGUGCUGAUGGUAUUGGCACUGGUUGGAUGACCAAGAUACCAAAUUAUAAUCCUAGAGAAAUAAUUGAAAAUUUGUUUAGAAUGAUGGACGAUGCUGAUCCAAAACCUAUGGUACCGUAUUAUAAAAAUUUUAAAGGUACUAUUGAAAGUUGCGGAGACUUUAGAUACGUUAUUAGCGGAGAAAUUUCAGUGAUCGGACCUGAUAAGGUUGAAAUUACUGAACUGCCAAUCGGUAUUUGGACGCAAGUAUACAAAGAAACUGUGUUAGAGCCCAUGUUACAUGGAUCGGAUAAAACUCCUGCGAUUAUUACCGAUUACAAAGAAUAUAAUACAGAUACGUCUGUACUUUUUAUAGUAAUAUUAAAUCGUGAUAAGUUAGUUGAAUUAGAAAGAGAUGGCCUUCAUAAAGCUUUUAAAUUGCAAACGACAACGACAGUUACAUCUAUGUGUGCGUUCGAUGAAAAUCAAUGCUUGCAAAAGUAUGAUUCUUCCCUUCAAAUUUUGAGAAACUUUUACAAAGUAAGAAUGGAAACGUAUCAUAAACGAAAGGCUUAUUUGGAGGGUAUACUGCAAGCAGAGGCAUCGAAACUUUCCAAUCAAGCACGAUUCAUUUUAGAAAAGUGCGAUGGUAAUUUAGUAAUAGAAAAUAAGAAGAAAAAGGAUAUGAUAGCUGAAUUAGUUACACGGGGAUACGAAUCCGACCCAAUAAUAGCUUGGAAAUUAUCACAAAAUAGAGAAGAAGUUUUAGAAGAAGUUGCUGAUAAUGCUGAAGAUGAAGGUGCUCUGUCAACCACUGCGAUAGGGCAAGAAAAUUUUGAUUAUUUAUUAGGAAUGACUUUAUGGAGUUUAACAAAGGAAAGGAAGGAUGAACUGUUACGUCAAAGGGACGAAAAAUUAGUUGAAUUGAAGAGACUGCAAGCUCGUUCACCUGUCUCUUUAUGGAAAGAGGAUUUGGAUAAUUUAUUGAGUGAAUUAAAUAAGAUAGAAGAAAAAGAGCGAAAAGAUGAGCAUAAAUCGAGGCAAACAAUUAAAAAACCACCACAAAAAUUUUAUUCCUCAGACGAAAUGCGUAGGGUAGAACCUGUGAUUGACACGGAAUUGAAAAAGAAAAUUGAGAAAGCAAACAUUGUAUCCAAAGACAAAAAAGAAGGAAUUAAAAAACAGAAGAUAAAGAAAGAUGUUUCAGAAGAUAAAGAUGAACUUGAUGCAUUAGUUGAAGCAAGUGCUAAGUCUUUAGAAGACAGACUGGGUACUUCUCCUGAAAAAAUAGCUGGCAAAAAGAAAUUGAAACAGACAACAUUGUCAUUUAAGCCAAAGGCAAAGAAAGGAGACAAAAAGAAGGAGAAAGAGAAAGACUCUGAUGAUGAGGAUGACAUUGAUUUUGGUAGUAUUUCUCCACCACCGGCACCACGUGCAUUACGUAAAACUGCAGUUAAGAAGAAAUAUAACCUGAGUAGUGAAGACAAUUCGUCCAGCGACGAUGUGAUCAGUGUUUCUUCAGAUAUAGAACUGAAAACCAAACAACCCGCAACUGUAAAUAGUGAUUCCGAUGAUAUCUUUAACAAAGUACAUAAUAAGAAACCAAGUUCAGAAGAACUAUUUGACUCCUUAGUCGGUAGUUCUCCAGAUAAACAACAAAGACCUGUUAUAACAUCUAGUGAAGAUUCCUCUCUACUAUUCUCGCCACCUAAAAAGUCUCCCGUUAAAAAGAAAGCUGAAAAUGGCGGAGGAAAAGGAGUGAAAAGACAAUUAAAGAAAAAAGUAGUUUCUUCUGAUUCGGAAUCAGAGGAUGCCACAUUUGCAAGUAAAAAAUCAUCUAUAAAGAAACGAAAGAAGAAGUCUGAUUCGGAGGACGACUCCUCUACAAUAAUAGAUAAUUCUCCACCCGUAGCACCAAGAAAAACAGCUGGUCGUUCUCGUAAACCUGUUUCCUAUGCCAUUCAAUCGGAUGACGAUGAUUCCAAUUGAUCAACUUUCUAUAGUGUUCAGGUUCGAACUGCAAAAAACACAAUCUUAAGUUGAAUUACAAUGCAAUGAUUGUUAAAAAUUUUGUGAUCGUAUUUGAUAUAAAUUUUAACAAAUUAUGCCUUAAGGAUCAUAAUCAAUAUUAAUAA